UGUUAAGCAUCUGGGAAGAACUGGAAAGUGUAAAGUCGAUGAGACGCCGAAAGGGUGGUUUAUGACUUAUAUUGAUAGGGAUUCGGAGACGAUUUUUAAGGAGAAUGCGAAGAGUAAGAGAGUCAGGGCGGAUUUAGCAGAGGAGGAGAAGCAGGAGAGGGAAAUUAAAAAGCAGAUUGAGAAGGCUGAAGAGUUUUUGACUGUUAAAAAUGACAGUGUGGAUAGUGGUGAAGUGCGGCCAGCGAGGGAGUUGAAAUUGGACAGCGGGGUGAAGGUUGGGUUUGCCCUUGGUUCGAAGAGUAAUAAUGUUGGAAAGGAGACAGGUGAGAGUUUUAGUUCUAGAUUGGUUUUUGAGGACGUUGAGGAUAAGGAGAGGAAGAUGGGGAAAAAUAAGGAAGGUGGUAUUAGAGGUAAAAGUGGGAAAUCGGCGUUGGAGGAGUUGAUGAAAGAGGAAGAGAAGGCAAAGGAGAGGACUAAUAGAAAGGAUUAUUGGUUGUUUGAAGGGAUUAUCGUUAAGGUUAUGAGUAAGGCGUUGGCAGAUAAAGGGUAUUAUAAGCAGAAAGGGGUAGUGAGGGAAGUGAUUGAUAAGUAUGUUGCUGAAAUUGAGAUUCUUGAGAAUAAGCACAAGUUGAGGGUUGAUCAGGAAGAGCUUGAGACUGUGAUUCCGCAGAUUGGGGGUUUGGUGAAAAUAGUGAAUGGGGCAUAUAGAGGUUCAAAUGCCAGGUUAUUGGGAGUGGAUACGGAGAAGUUUUGUGCCAAGAUGCAGAUAGAGAAGGGAAUUUAUGACGGGAGAGUGCUUAAGGCUGUUGAAUACGAGGAUAUUUGCAAACUUGCCUAAUGAAAAGCGGAGGUAGGCCUGGUGAGGUUGUUUGGAAGAUGUGACAAUUAAGAGAAUGAGAUUUCUUUUGCCAAGAUGGAGCGAGUUUAGGUAGGUAACAGAUAGGGUUCUCCUUACUCCCAGCACCCUGUUGAUGGUUCCAAGCAUCAAGCAGAGAAAUGUGCUUUGGUUAUCUAAUUCAUCUGUUUUCUGCGAUCUCAUUCAUUUCCUAUAAAGUUUAGAGGCCUAGUGGAUGUGAUCAUUUUUUUUCCCUCUGAAUGCUGAACAUAGAUGUCUUGAUCUAUAACAGUGUUAAGUUGCACUCCCGAUGCUGACCAAUAUCUGACUGGAUGGUGAGAAAUUAGCUUUUCACACAGAAUCCCAGUGUCAUUAUUUUUAAUUCUUAGAUUGAGAGCACUUGUCCAUGACUGAGAAAAAAAGUUCAAAAAUUUCAUCCCAUAAGUUUGGAAUGACUUUUUCUUCUUCUUUAUUCUCUCAUAUAUUUACCAUUCAUAAUCAAAAUAAUGUUCUGUUUUUUCUUCUGGUAUUAUAUGGCUCUAAGUUGCUAUACGAUACUCUAAGGGAAAUAUGCAAUACUGAUGCAUAUGGGCAACUACAAAUAUUCCAAUAUUGGGUUCUCUGUGAUUGAAAUAUUUAAAAGAUUUGGUGGAUGAACAUUGAGCCCUCUUAAAUUGCGCAAAAAGUGGGAAAUGCUGAUUGGAACAGUUGAUGAGGGAGGACAAUAAGGCAUGAUGAGAAAAUAGGAAGGACUUUUAGUUGUGUAAAGAUGCUGUUGCUAAGGUGAUGAGAUUGAUGACAGAGUGGUGCCACAAGCAGAAGGGGUAAUGAGGAAAAUGUUCCAAAAGGCACAUGAUACAAAGUGAAGCUAUUGAUCAGGAAGUGCUUGAGUUGUGGUUCUGCUGAUUGGAGAGAGGGUCCAGUGCGAGGUUGUUAGGAGUGGUUGAAAAUUAAGUUUUGUGCCAAGGUGCAGAUAGAGAAAGGGAUUUUAGCACGUGAGAAUGCUCAAGACAGAGCAUAAGGGUAUGCACGGACUUGCGUAGUGAGUUUAAUGCAUAUUUUACUUCGUGGCUGCAUUGGCUUUCUAAGAUUGUUGUAAUUUUUAGUCUCCUCUGGCAUAUGUGAUGCUCAUUUUAUGGUUUUGUAUCUCUCCAGAUUUGAUGAUCACUCAAAAGAAAGUUUAUUGAAGAAUGCUUUUAUUAUCUCCAUAUAAAAAUUGCAUGUAAGAUGAUAACUUGAAGUUCUGGAAUUGUCUGUGAUUGGAAAUUUUUCCGAGUAUGAUUA